UAUACAAUCGAGCUCACAUCCUAACUAAUUUCCUGCGCAUAUAUAUCACGGAAAUCGAACAUGUAUUUCGUUCCAAAAUUGGCCGUGGCCUCAAUUCUGUUUCUCGCCGUCGUAGUCGACGCCAGACUUCCCAAGACCAAGCUGGUCAGCCCAAUAGUGUGCUUGGGGAACUCGAACAAGGAGUACAACAACAACUUGAGGCAUCUGCUCGAUUUCUUCGUGGACGAAACGAAGAACACGUACAGGAAACCGGGAGCGGACUACGUUUACGAUCACAGCUACCCGAAUCGCGACAUCGGGGGCUCGGUGAACGGCGUUGCGACUUGCAACGGAGAGCUCGGUCGGAUGGAUUGUUGGUCGUGUCUUUUCACUGCUAAGGAGAUUGUCAAGUCCCGUUGCCGCCGCCCUGUCGCGUCCGCCGUUACACUCCGGGACUGCUCUAUUUCUUUCAAGAACGUGCCUUGACUUAUUAACUGAAAUAUGUCACAUAACAUUGCGUAUUACUUUCUCUCUCGUUUGCUUGAUUUCUAUUCAUCCGCCUAUAAUUCUGGCGUUCUAAGUCUUUUCUUUUUCUAUUUUUAACGAUAAUGUAUUUUCUGCAGUUUCAAGCUUAUAUUUACGUAAUUUAUUUCCUCCAGUACUCAUAUUAAUAACGAUAUGUUCGAUGG